CGAGAGUAUUGAAAGUCUUCUGGCGCAGCGCAUUCCAGUAAUCGUGCUGUGGAUCUGGGUAUAUAUAGUCCUUCCGUUAAUCAAAGUUUUUUCCUCGAACAGCGAGGUAGCUGGUCUUGGUUGAUUGAGGACCUCCUUGCAUAGCGCCUUCCAAGCCGAUCAGUAUACCGAUGGACAGAGAGCUAAUUUGAGAUCAAGAACUGAUUGCUGCUAGAUGUCAGCCAGGGCUGUAUAUACUAAUUAGUAUGUCGGAGUAUGGCAGUUAUACUCAUUCUGGCGGAGGAUGAACUAUGCCAACGCUCAAGUCCUCUCCUCUCAUCAUCGUACAAGUCCAAAUGGUUCAUAGGGACGGGUGAUGUUCGAAUUUCGGGCAGUUUCCUGCAUAAAGCAAGCAAUAUCGACAGCGCAUGUCUGGUAUUGUCGACUCUAUGCUCAAUCAGCCGGACACUUUGCUCGGUUUUUGAAUGGUAUUCCCUGUUACCAGCAGAUCCGUUCAUUUCUAGCCGGGUUCUCGCCCUCAACUACUCUGUAUUGGUAGCGGCAAGACAAGAUCUGGACACGCUAGCAUGGAACCCGGAUGUUACCGUUCCUUUGUCUCAAGGUCAGUGGGGUACUACCAGAAAAGAUAUUACAGUUCCCCUCAAGCUCUUCCAUACAUCUCCUGAUAUGUAUAUAUCAGCGCAGACGCUUCCUCUAACCAUCAUUAACUCUCCACUCAGACAUCUGACUUCGAUUUUCCCCUCCGUAAUAUUCAACCGGGACCAAUCCAAUGGAUCAAACCAAAAAACAAACAGAGCACAGCAUAUGAUAAGCGCUUUGCUGGUUGUGCCUGUAAUGUUCUUGGCUUUCAUGUUGUUUAUGGCACUUGUUGCCAUGAAUAAGUUGGGUAUGGAAGCGCGUGGAAGACGAUGCGAUGCGAUCAUCCAUAACGCAAGCUGUGGUGUGGAGCUAUAGAGGGUAUAAAGAUUACCCUCGAGCUUCUCCAUGUGUCUUUUGAAAUAUAAAAAAUAGAUAUAUAGCAGCUGUUCAUAGUCCAAGAUGCUUUGUGACGGUGGGGUGUCAGAUGUCUGGAGCAUCGCUUUAGGAGCAUGAUGAACCGGUUGCAGGUUUUUGACGCCGACGUCGGUAUUAGAGGCGUUUUUUACGUCGUCUGGGAUGGGUGGAUGGCUGUUGAUGGAGGAAUAUGAUAUAUCAUAGAAGAUGCGUUUGAAUAGAGCGAGUAUAUAGUAGGGUUGUAUAAGAUUAUAGCGAAGGCA